UAUAACCUAGCUACUAAGCAAGGCGUGGUUCCUGGGUCUCUCUCUCUUUCCUUGUUCGUCAUCCCAUUCACUCGUCAGCCGACAAUCACAGUAACAAACGCAGACAAACAUAUAGUCAGGAAGAAGGAGAAGAGCGAGAGCACACUCAACACUGUUUGUAAGUAGAGGAAAGGAAAGGACUCUAGCUAGCUGUCUUCAUGAACUUUGCGCAAUGACUUUCAUUGUCAAAGAGGGGAGUGGUUUUCUAAGCUAGGCUGAAGGAAGAAGAAAGGAAGGUAUCUUCGAUCCAGUCCAGUACUGUGACUGACAUUCCAGCUACACCGCAAUUCCCUUGCGUAGUUUCCCCGCAAAACUUAACUCAGCAUUAGAAAUCUAUCUUGAUUUUUUUUUUUUUUUAAAGAAAAACAGAAAGAAAAGAAACGAAGGAAAGCUUGGUGCUUUUCUAGCAAGAGAAAUAAAGUAGAAAAAAAAAAGAAAAAGAAAAUAUUAUAUAAACCCCUCGUGGUAGCACCAUUGUGAGUGGAGAGUGUCUGUUCAUUCAUUUGGCUGAGAGGGUCUCUUCUUCUUCUUCUUCUUCUUAACUUCUUUCUCCUCCUCCUUCAAUGGCGGUGGUUCCGGAGACAAUGAGAGAUGACAUGACGUGGCAAAUGGGUUUGGUUUGGGAACAGGUGAAGUCCCCUGUCAUCGUACCGGCAUUAAGGCUAGCAGUGUUUCUCUGCCUAGUCAUGUCCGUAAUGCUGUUGGUGGAGAAGGUGUACAUGGCCGUUGUCAUUGUUCUCUUCAAGCUUUUGGGUAAGAGACCUGACAAACGAUACAAAUUGGAGCCCAUCAAAGAUGAUGUCGAACUUGGCCACUCAGCCUACCCCAUGGUUCUCGUCCAGAUCCCCAUGUAUAAUGAGAAAGAGGUUUACCAGCUCUCCAUUGGAGCCGCGUGUGGCCUUUCAUGGCCGUCCGAUCGAAUUAUAAUCCAAGUGCUUGAUGAUUCCACGGACCCGGUUAUCAAGGAUUUGGUGGAGAUGGAGUGUCAAAAAUGGGCGAGCAAAGGGAUAAAUAUAAGAUACGAGAUAAGGGACAACCGAAACGGAUACAAGGCGGGUGCUCUGAAACAAGGCAUGAAGCACAGCUACGUGAAACAAUGCGACUACGUGGCCAUCUUCGAUGCCGAUUUCCAGCCCGAGCCCGACUUUCUCUGGCGCACUGUGCCUUUCCUGGUCCACAACCCGCAACUGGCCCUUAUCCAGGCCCGUUGGAAGUUCGUGAAUGCGGAUGAGUGCCUGAUGACAAGAAUGCAGGAAAUGUCCCUUGACUAUCAUUUCACAGUGGAGCAGGAAGUAGGGUCCUCCACCUACGCCUUCUUUGGCUUCAAUGGGACUGCUGGUGUCUGGCGAAUCACAGCUCUAAAUGAGGCCGGAGGUUGGAAAGAUAGAACCACCGUGGAAGACAUGGACUUGGCUGUCCGGGCGAGUCUAAAGGGCUGGAAAUUUCUAUUCCUUGGGGAUAUCAAGGUUAAAAAUGAACUACCAAGCACUCUCAAGGCAUACCGAUAUCAACAACACAGAUGGUCUUGUGGACCAGCAAACUUGUUCAGGAAAAUGGCUGUAGAGAUUGCAAAGAACAAGAAAGUGUCACUGCUGAAGAAAGUUCAUGUGAUCUAUAAUUUCUUCUUUGUGCGGAAGAUUGUGGCUCAUAUCGUGACCUUCAUAUUCUACUGCGUGGUCAUCCCAGCCACUGUGUUGAUUCCUGAGGUACACAUACCGAAGUGGGGCUCCGUCUACAUCCCUUCCAUCAUCACCAUUCUCAAUGCUGUUGGAACACCAAGAUCUCUCCAUUUGCUGGUAUUUUGGAUCCUUUUUGAGAAUGUUAUGUCUCUGCAUCGAACUAAGGCCACAUUCAUCGGCCUACUGGAGGCUGGGCGUGUCAACGAAUGGGUUGUCACUGAGAAACUCGGAGAUGCUCUCAAAGCAAAAUCGGCAACUGCCAAGACAGCCAAGAAACCUGGAUUCAGAAUCGGUGAAAGAUUACAUUUGUUGGAGCUUGUAACGGGAGCAUAUCUUUUCUUCUGCGGAUGUUACGACAUGGCCUUUGGCAACAACCGUUAUUUCCUGUAUCUUUUUCUCCAAGCGUUGGCUUUCUUCGUUGUUGGGUUUGGCUACGUUGGAACUUUCGUUCCAUAUUCCUAAAACAUUGGAAAGACUCAUUUUUGCCUUCCAGCGCGUCACUGAGCUUUGGGUAUACUGUAAUUUUGUGCUUUUUGCCAGCUUCAAUAUUCAAAUUGGUUUGGGAAGUGUGCAUAGGGUAAUGAAUAAGCUGCUGUUGUCAACAUUCAUGGCCAAGAAUCGGAGUGAGUUGAACAUUCAUUGUGUACAAACAUAGGGUUGAAAAUUCAUUCCAGAAUGAAUAAUAAGAGUACCGUGUAGAGGGAGUUGGAAAGGAUGCACCUGCUAGCUCCAGUCUCAGAUGAAGCAGUGUUUUGAUUUUAAAGCAAAAAGAUUUGGUCUGCACUUAAUCCGUUGUUAGCAUACAUGUUCAUCAUUGGAUGGAUUGUCACAAAGGAAUUCUUUAUUCCUUCCUCGCCGUGAGAUUUCUUUUAUAAAGGCUAUGCUUUU